GGGCUAAAGCAUGGCGGACUCGGACGUGCCGCUCAAGCGGGUCGCGAGCCGCUCCUCUUGGCAGCGGGUCCGCAAGGCCCGGCCCCACCUCCUCCUCAGCCGCCGGGGCCGUCGGCGGUUUGGGGUCCUGACCCGCGGCGAGCUGCGGCGGCUGCGGAGGCGGCUGCUGCGGGCUCACGCGCUGGGCGGGGACUGGAAGCUCGGUGUCACCGCGGGCGCGCACGUGGCGGUAAAGUGCAAAGUGCGGACCCGCAGCCGCUCGGCGUCCCGCAGCCUGCCCACGCCCCGCAGCCUGCCCACGCUCGGCCGCCGCCAGCUCCCGCCCUGCAGCCAGCCCCCGCCCCGCAGCUGGCCGGAGCGCCACGUCCAGACGCAGUCGUUAAAUAUCUCCCAGCUCACGCGGGACCUAGGCUCGGGCCGUGUGCUGUUUCUGCUGCCGGGAUGGGAGGGUUUUACUUUCAGUGGGAUCUGCCGUGUGACUUGCAUCUACGGUCAGGUGGAAAUAUACGGCCAUAUCAUCAAACAAGGCCAGCCUCCCCGGGACGUCUUCUCUGCCUACACCCAUUCUUUCCUGACCAUCAAUGGGAUUCAGGUCUCAGAACCCGAGAAAAGCGAAAAGGAGAUCAGAAGGGAGAUCCGGGCCCUGCUCAAGCCUCACACGAAACUGGAGGACAGAAACUGGGCGCUAAAGUAUUUAUCUCACCUGGGCUCCAUUCUGAUGCUGGAGCGCCUGAGGACCCCUGCUGUGGACUUCAUGAGCUCCUAUAAGUGCGCAUCCUAUGUCUUCCGGCAGGAGAGCCCUCCUGUGAAGAUUAACCCAGAGUAUGUAACACUGAGGACAGUUGGCAUCAGAAGGCAGAGAAGGAAGAAAGGCAUUUGCUUGAGUGAGAGCGGGCUCUGUGCCCUGGAGGAGUUGGUCAACGUGUCCCGAGUAGAUGGCUGCCCUGUCAUCCUGGUGUGUGGCGCUUGUGACAUUGGAAAAUCAACAUUCAAUAGAAUACUGAUUAACCAGUUAUUAAACAGCAUUCCCGUAGCUGAUUAUCUGGAGUGUGAUCUGGGGCAGACGGAGUUCACUCCCCCUGGCUGCAUCGCUUUACUGAACAUCACAGAACCGAUUCUGGGACCACCUUACACCCACCAGAGGCGGCCACAGCGGAUGGUGUACUACGGGAAGAUGAACUGUCAUAAUGACCAUGAGAACUACAUUGAGAUCAUAAAGUAUGUGAUGAGGGAUUACAAGAGAGAGGCCCCACUUAUCAUCAACACCAUGGGCUGGGUGACGGAUGAGGGGCUGAUGCUGCUUGUUGACCUGAUCCGACUGCUGUCCCCCAACUAUGUCGUUCAGCUGUCUUCCGGCCGGGGUAAAAUAAUGCCGGCUCUCACCGCCGAGUACGUGGAUUUCACAGAUGGCCUGUAUACAAAGAGCAAGAUCAAGAGGCGAUACCGGCCUUUUGAAAUUCAAGAAUUUGGAAACAAUCUGGAAUUUGCUGAUGAAGAGAAAGACUCUAGUUCAUUUUCCGUCUUUACUGGACAUAAACUGAUCUCUGUUCACUCAGAGUUUAUAUGUAGUAAAAAUGAAAAAAAUAGGGCCAAAUACAACAGAAUUUUCCGCGAUCUGGCAGUGUUAGGCUACCUUAGCCAGCUGAUGCUGCCAGUGCCAGAGCCACUUAGUCCUUUGCACAGCCUGACACCCUAUCAGGUCCCCUUCAGUGCUGUCGCUGUCCGGGUCACUCACGCAGAUGUCGCCCCUGCCCACAUACUGUAUGCCCUGAAUGCAAACUGGGUUGGCCUCUGCAAGAUCGUGGACGACAUGAAAGGAUACACUCGGGGUCCCAUCCUGCUCGCCCAGAACCCCAUAUGUGACUGUUUGGGCUUUGGUAUCUGCAGAGGCAUCGACAUGGAGCAGCGGCUCUAUUACAUCCUCACCCCUUUGCCUCCAGAAGAGUUAAGAACUGUGAACUGUCUGCUGGUGGGCGCCAUUUCCAUUCCACAUUGUAUUUUCAGGAAACAGCCUGGGCCUGAAGGGACAGUUCCUUAUGUCACCACCAGUUAUAAUUUUAAACUUCUUGGAGCAACAGAGAAAAUUGGAGAAAGGCAGUAUGGAAAUGCUUUGCCCCGGUACAAACUCUAUCAAAAACGGAAAACAAGGCGUUGAUGCGGAGAAA